AUGGAUUUCCCCUCAGUCCCUGCCCACAGAAGACUUGUCCCCAGGCAGGGGCUCCUGCUAGCUGCCUCACUCCUAACCCUCUGGAGCCUGCCCACCACUGCCCAGCUCACUAUUGAAUCAGUGCCGCCCAAUGCUGCCGAAGGGAAGGAUGUGCUUCUCCGUGUCCACAACCUGCCUGGGAAUCUUAAGGGUUAUGCUUGGUACAAAGGGGAAAAAGGAGAAAGCAACCAUAAAAUUGUAUCAUAUUUAAUAGACACUCAAAAACCUACCUACUGGCCUGCAUACAGUGAUCGAGAAACAAUAUACCACAAUGGAUCCCUGCUGUUCCAGAACGUCACCCUGAAUGACACAGGAAAGUAUAUGCUACAAGCCGUACACAAAGAUUUUAAGAUCACAGAAGUAACUGGACAGCUCUGUAUAUACCCGAUGUUACCCAAACCUAACAUCACAAGCAACAACUCCAAUCCGGAGGAGCACAAGGACCCUGUCAUGUUAACAUGUGAAUCUCAGACUGAGAACACCACCUACCUGUGGUUGAUCAACAGUCAGAGUCUCCAGGACAGUGCCAGGCUGCAGCUGUCCAAGGACAACAGGACUCUCACUUUACUCCUUGUCACAAGGAAUGACAUGGGACCCUAUGAGUGUGAAAUCCAGAACCCCGGGAGUGCCAGCCGCAGUGACCCAUUCACCCUGAAUGUUCUUUCGGUGUUACCCAAACCCAGCAUCACAAGCAACAACUUCAACCCGGAAGAGCACAAGGACCCUGUCAUGUUAAUGUGUGAACCUCAGACUGAGAACACCACCUAUCUGUGGUUUAUCAACAGCCAGAGACUCCUGGUCAGUGCCAGGCUGCAGCUAUCCAAGGACAACAGGACCCUCACUAUACUCCUUGUCACACGGAAUGACACAGGACCCUAUGAGUAUGAAACCCAGAACUUCGUGAGUGUUGUCCGCAGUGACCCAUUCAUUCUGAAUGUUCUCUAUGACCCUGACGCUCCCACCAUUUCUCCCUCCAACUCCCAUUACCUUCAUGGGACAAAUCUAAGCCUCUCCUGCCAGGCAGCCUCCAACCCGCCUGCACAGUAUUCUUGGCUUAUCAAUGGGAGGCCCCUGACCACCACACAGGAGCUCUUUAUCCCCAACAUCACUCUGCAUAAUAGUGGAUCCUAUAUCUGCCUCACCCAUAACUCUGACACUGGGCUCACAGGGGCCAUGGUCAAGAAUAUCACAGUCUAUAGUAAGUGCUUCCUGGACCAUCAGCACCAGGCUGUGGGAUGCAGGGCUGUCUGGUUUUCAGGACAGAGCCUAUAG